GUCAGCACCCCAAGUUUCCUCUCUCUCUAUAUCGGGACCGAACCCGAAACACAAACGCAGCAGAAGAAAAGAGAGAGAGAGAGACGUAGUGACAUAGAGGAGAGAAGUAGAAGCUUUUGGUUUCUGUGAUAGAGCUCGUGGAAGAUCAGUCUCCUACAAUGUCUGUGGAGAAGAGCCUGAAGGCGGCUGCGAUUCCCGAUGAGGAAGGCGGAGAAAAAGACCAACGAGGCGACCGAUUUGGUCCAGAACCUGAAGAGAAGGAAGAAGAGGAUCUACAAGAGAAGAAAGACGAAGAAGAAGUGAAACGCGACGAGGCGGAUGAGGAAGAAGUAGUGGAAGACGAAGACGAAGAAGAAGAAGAUAAAGAAGAUGCAGAGGAGGAAGAAGAUUCUAAGGAUAAAAGUCCAUCAGGAGACAAGUCAGAAUUUGUGGAAAUUGAUCUAGGAGAAAUCCGUAAAGACGUCCAGUGUCCCAUUUGCUUAGGAAUCAUAAAGAAAACAAGGACUGUGAUGGAAUGUCUGCAUCGGUUCUGUAGAGAAUGUAUUGAUAAGUCAAUGAGAUUGGGGAACAAGGAAUGUCCCGCUUGCAGGAAACGUUGUGCAAGCCGUCGUUCUCUUAGAGACGACCCCACUUUUGAUGCUCUUAUUGCAGCUCUAUUCUCAAAUAUUGAUACCUAUGAGGAAGAGGAAUUCGCUUUUCAUGAAGAUGACAAGGCUCGUAACAAGCAGAUUCAAGCAUCUAUAGCUGAAGUAUCGCAGAGACAAUCAGAGGCUCUUGUGAAAAGAAAAUCUUUUGGUAAAGAGGCAUCGGUUUCAACGAGACCACAGCGUAGAAGGAGAAGGAACUGCAGAAACAUGGAACAGAACACAGUAGAAGAAGCCAAUGAAGAUGAUAAUAAUGAUGACAACAACGGGAAAGAUUCGUCUUCAGAAGAGCGUGGUGCAGAAGUCCGGCUGAGACAAAGAAGGAAACGGUCUACAAGUCGUUCAACACUGAACCCUUCUUCUUCGGGUGCAAACAACAACAAUGGUAACUGCGCAGAGAACGACGUAGAUGUGAAUCUUCGAGACAACAACAGCAAAGGGAUAUCUCCGGGGCUUGUGUGGAACCCGGAGAUACUUGCUUGGGGAAGAGGGGGUACAAGGAGUCACACAAGGCAUGGGAAUAAUGCAACAGGAGGUAGUAGUAAGAGUGUGAGGAAUGCUCGCGUGAAUAGACUUGUGGAGUGUCUACGCAGCAGCGUCGAUGGCAACAGUAUUGAGGAUAUUCAUCUCAAGCUUGUCUCAGUGGACACAAACUGUGUACCAGAGUUACCUCAGCCAUAUCUCUGUUGCCGACCCACUUUGCUUGUUAAACAGCUCCGUGAAUUUGUGGCACUUCAGAUACAUCUGAAGACUGAAGAGGUGGAAUUGUUGGUAACAAGAGGAUUAGGAGGAGGAGGAGAUAAGGCAAUAGAGAAUCUUUCUGUAGUGGCUUCAGAUUCAGCUUCAGCAUCCAAAGAAGAGAUGCAAAGUCUGGAAGACAAUGAAACAUUGUCAAGGCUCAAAGUUGAACAACAUUUGGUAGCGUCACCAUUAAUAAUCAUAGCUUACCGGCAGAAGCAAACCGAGUGAAAGAAACUUGGAGCCUAAUGGACGUGCUGCUGCUGCAAACAACAACGUAUAUAUAAAGAUGGAUCAGGGGCUUGUUUAUCUGUUUGCUAGAUAUAUAUCUCAGUUGUUGUUUUUGGUUUAAGUAGUUAAAUUCUAUGGAAUUUUACAUUUGUGACAAUCUUUUUUUUUUUGCUUACUCAUUGUAGACGUUACUUAGUAUUUUGUGACAGUUUCAGGUAAAGUACAUUACUUAUCUUAUUAAAUUUAUUUAUAUUUUUAUACCCA